CCCCCCUCUCCUCUGCGAUCCCAAAAUUGGGAAACGUUCAUUCAUCCAUCCUCCAUUCUUCCUUCUCAAAGAAUCUUCCUCCUCCCUUCUCUCUCCACCCUCUCUCUCUCUCUCUCUCUCUCUCUCUCUCUACCAUCGACCGACCGUCUGCUGGUUGCUGUCCUCCCAGGUUCUUCUUCUUCGCCUACCUGCCCCUCCUCUUCUACUUUGUAUGUACAUAUAACAGCUAUACGUAUAGUAUCACGAGCUUGGUCCCGUAAUUAUCUAGUUUUCUGCGUCUGCGAAGGGGUUUCAGUGCGUAAUUCGCUCGAUUGAAGGCCCAACGGGACGCUUAAUCCUCUGGAAUUUGAAGGGUUGUCGGUGUAAAUACUGUGUCGGUUGACUUCUCCUCUGUCGUCUUUAGUAAGUUCCUAGGUGCCGUGUUCUGGGUUCGUGAAUUAGCGGUUGAGCUUGUGAAUUGUGAUUAUUAAGGUUAUCUGAUUGUAAAGUGGGGUUUAUUACUAUUCGGGAGGCCUUGUUAUCCUCGAACUCUUAGCGGUGAUCGAGGAUAGUUCAUUGCGGAAACAUUGAUGUCUGCUGGAUUAUCUUCUGAUAUAGGGAUUUGGUGAAUUAGGAUUCUGAGGGAUAUUGCAAUUAGUACUGAAUCUCUCGUUGUUAGGGUUUAAAGGUGUAGACUUUGUCGUAGUUUGUCUUCGAUCCUGCAAGAACAGAGCAUCUGUUGCUGUAUCUGGUGAACUGGGUUGAGGUUGUUUCGUGAAGUCAGAAUGGUUCAGUCGAUUACGACCACUUCUCUCCUUGGGUGUGGGCCUCUGUGCAGGGUACUUCCUACUAAAGAUGUCUCACUCCGAAGGAAGUGCCGUGUAACUUGCCUCAUCCCAGUGCAAGAAUUCACCGGACGGAGGCUGAUGAUUGCUUCACCUCCUCCUGUGCUGAGAUUGAGGGCGAAUGUGUCCUCAGUUUCACCGAUUAAGGCCCUCGCGAUGGAGCUGACCAAGGAGGCAUACUCGUUCAAGGAAGAGGAGAGGAUCCCACGGGGUUUGAACUACCACGUGGAAACGGAUGUUGAUAGGAAGCCUGGGUUAUGGCCCCCGCCCAACCGAGCUGACAAUCCCUCCUUGCACAACCCUCUGCUGCGGCAAGAAAGGAUGGGGUGUGGGUGGUUAGGAGCAAUACUUGAGUGGGAAGGAGUCAUUAUUGAGGACAAUCCUGAACUUGAGAAGCAAGCUUGGCUUGCUCUCUCUCAAGAGGAGGGGAAGUCCCCUCCUCCUGCCUUUGUCCUUCGAAGAAUUGAGGGGAUGAAGAAUGAGCAGGCCAUCUCUGAGGUCCUCUGCUGGUCACGGGACCCAACGGAGACGAGGAGGUUAGCUUCAAGGAAAGAGGAGAUCCACCAAGCAUUGCAGGGUGGAAUCUACAGGCUCCGAGAUGGGUCACGGGAGUUUGUAAACGUGCUGAUGCACUACAAAAUCCCGAUGGCUUUGGUCUCUCCGAGCUCAAGAAAGUCACUCGAGAAUGCAAUCGGGGCCACUGGGAUCGAAGGCUGCUUCACUGCGAUAGUGGCUGCGGAAGAUGUACACAGGGGAAGGCCCGAUCCUGAGAUGUACAUAUACGCGGCGCAGCUCCUGAAGUUUAUACCUGAGAGGUGCAUCGUGUUUGGGAACUCAAAUCAGACAGUCGAGGCUGCCCAUGACGCGAGGAUGAAGUGUGUGGCUGUGGCAAGCAAGCACCCUGUGUAUGAGCUGGGGGCUGCUGAUCUGGUGGUUAGGCAAUUGGAUGAGCUCUCAAUUGUUGAUCUGAAGAACCUGGCCGAUAUCGAAUCAGCGGAGUUUGGGUCAGGGGAGCCAGAGGUUGAGAUGGAGUUGGAAGAAGACGAAGACCCAGGUAUGAGGUCCAUGGCAGCGGUCGAUGAUGGGUUCUGGUAGUUUGAAGAAGAUGUUGUACAGAAGUUAAUGUAGUAUAUCAUAUGUAUGGAUGCAAUGUGGUUUCCUUUCAAUUCUUGGUCACAGCAAAUGAUGUAUCCACCUUGUUAUGGCAAAGGUGGAACAAUGAAAAACAUUACAAAAGAAAAAGAAAAAGAAACAAGGCUGUCUGCAUUGGACUGCCUUAAUUGUUACGAUGUACCUAAUCUUCUGUAAUAUGUGACAUAGCUUUUCAUAA